GUGCAAGCGCUAUUAAACCAUUUGGUUUGGUUCAAAAACAUCUUUUUAAAGUUAACCGAAUUGUACAAGAUAAAUUGUUAGAUACUCUGGAAUCAAUGCCGUUCAUUAGUCAUUUAAUUCAUGAUAAAAAUGCUUUAAAAGAUGAACUUUCAACCGAACAACUUGAAAAAAGAUUAGAUUUGUUACAAUUAUUUUUAAGAGAUUAUGUAGUAAACGUGCAAUAUUUAGAAAAAAUUCAACAAUCAAAUACAGUAAUUAAUGAAGUAUCCAAUGAUGACCAAAACCUUAGUAAUAAUCAGCUGGAUAUUCAAAAUCAGGACUGCAACUCAUAUAUAACAAAUCCAUCAGAAAAAGAUGGGUCUUAUUAUAAUGGAUAUUUUUCAAUUCCGUUUGAAAAUAGUUAUAAAUUGAUCUUAAGUUCAUCAAAUAAUACAAAGUAUGGAAAACGUGGCAAACUAUUGAUUAGUUUUCAAAUACAAUUUAUGGAUAAAAAUGCUUCACGGUUUUUCGUUAGAGUUUCUGAUUCAGAAAAUGUUUAUUUGAAACAAAAUAUUUCUUCAACAUUUUUACAAUCAAUUACACAAUCCAAUACUUAUGAAGUUAUUUCAGGAGAUCAUCAGGAAAAUUAUUAUCCCAAACUGGAAGGCUAUAAUGGGAUUUCAACCGGAUUACGAUAUGAAACCUUACCUAACAUCAAGAAAAGUGAAGUCAUUAUUGGUGAAGUUUUGGAUUCUCUUGGUUUACUUGGCGGCGCAUGGUCACUCGCUGCUGUUGCUUACAAAUUACUUUUUG